GGACUCUGUCAGUGAGGGUGAACCAAUAGGAGGCAGUAGGCGGGGAGAAUAUUUGAGUGACGGUCACGUGACGUCCUCCUUGGUUGCCUGACCCAAAGACUGUGUAGUUAGGCGUUCAGUGACUGAGAAGCCGGCGCCAUGAAUAUCAGAAACGCUCGGCCAGAAGACCUCAUGAAUAUGCAGCACUGCAACCUGCUGUGUCUGCCCGAGAAUUACCAGAUGAAGUAUUACUUUUAUCAUGGCCUUUCUUGGCCACAGUUGUCCUACAUUGCAGAAGAUGAAAAUGGGAAAAUUGUUGGCUAUGUCCUGGCAAAAAUGGAAGAAGAUCCAGAUGAUGUUCCACAUGGGCACAUUACCUCUCUGGCUGUGAAACGCUCUCACAGACGGCUUGGCCUUGCGCAGAAGCUAAUGGACCAGGCCUCACGUGCGAUGAUUGAAAGCUUUAAUGCCAAAUAUGUAUCUCUGCAUGUUCGAAAAAGCAAUCGAGCGGCACUCCAUCUUUAUUCGAACACUCUAAAUUUCCAAAUCAGUGAGGUUGAGCCUAAAUACUAUGCUGAUGGGGAGGAUGCAUAUGCCAUGAAACGGGACCUUACGCAAAUGGCCGAUGAGUUGAAAAAGCACCUUGAAAUAAAAGAGAAGAGCCGCCCACUGAGCUCCAUAGAAAAUAAAUCUGAUAACCGUUCCAGACAUGUAGGAGAUUGCUGUCGGGAUGAGAAAUGCAUGGGGAAUAUCGGCAAACAGGAUCUCACAGAGGACAGUGGAGAUAGCAAGGAUGUAAGUGAAGUCAGCGAGGCAACAGAGAGCACUGAUGUCAAGGACAGUUCAGAGGCUUCAGACUCUGCCUCAUAAACGAGGCUUCGCCAGAGCCUACACAAAACCUUACCUGCCCUUAGUUUACCCCCUACAAGUUUGGAAGUGUCACUGAUAAGGUUCUGAAAGUGUGUUUUCUGAAUUACUGUCUGAAGUUUAACAUAAGUACAUAACACCAGUGGCAGACAUGUGUUGGUCUGAAAUGCCAGCCAACAAUAUCACAUUCCCCAUAUUCAAGAAUCAGUUGAAAUACACUGGCAUAUGAAAUAGCUGGGACGUGCAGAUCAGGCAAAGCAGUUAAGCAGUAGGGUAGGCCUUUGUGCUUGGCAGACUCUAUUCUGAUGCCGACUACUGAAAACUUUAAUGGUGAUCACUACUUGCUGCAUAAUAUUGAAAACUGCUUACUUCAGUACUUUCUCAAACCUUAUCUUGUUCAUUUCUGGGGUACAGUAAGUGUGCAAUAAAUGAUCACUCUGAUUAA